ACAUGAGAGAAUACAUAAACCUCUUUCAUAACAUCAGUACACCAACUGUGACAUAAGGCAUGGUACAUAUAGAAUCGUUCACUCUAUACGUGUGAUUCUCUGAGUCAGAGGCUUCGUCGAAAUGGUAGACUUAGCCAGAGAGGCAUUCAAUACUAACAAUUAUAUUCUUGCCUCCGAGAUCUACUCCCGAACGAUUCGGGAUAGCGGUCCAACGCUGGAGUUGUAUCUCGGGCAGGCAGAUUCGCUGGCAAGAGCUGGAAAGCUUCGAGAAGCUGCCGAGGCUUACAUAAAUGCCUUUAGGUUAGGGACUGUGACUUCUGAACAAUUGAAGCAUCUCGCAACAGGCAUGGUCACGCUAUUUAGCAAACAGGAGGAUUUUAUUCCGAAGGCGAGGACGCGCAAAUUUAAGGACAUGUUUGAAUGUGGAAUAUGCAAAGGAAUUAUGAAUGAUCCCGUCACAACGCCUUGUGGUCAUAGUUUCUGUAGAAACUGCUUAGAAAGAGAACAGUCAAAAAAGUGCCGUACUUGUGGGGUAGUGCAUUUUUACAUGGUGGCCUCAGCCCUAAAGACGAACAUUAUUUUACACAAAACCGUCGAGAAAUGGUUCCCUUCCCAAGUGCAAUCUACUAAACUAAAGAUGGAGGGAAACAAAUUGUUUGAGGAAAGGAAGGUACAGGAAGCAUUGGAAUUAUAUUCUCAGGCAUGUGAUUUAGCACCAGAUGAUCAUUUACUGAUGAGCAACAUGUCUUAUGCAUACUGGGCCUUGGGAAAGUUUGACCAAGCUUUAACAAAUGCUGAUAUGACAGUGAAAUUAAAACCAGACUGGCCAAAGGGCCAUUACAGGAAGGGGAUGGCCUUGUUAGGACUGCAUAGGCCAGAAGAUGCUGUUCUUUCAUUCUUGCUUUGUCUUUCUCUUGACCCUAGCAUUCAGAGUGCUAGAACUGGACUGACAAAGGCUCUUCACCAAAUACUGUCACCCCUUCCUGCAGACCAGUUAAAACAGAUGGAUUUUCAGCAGUUGGCGCAUUCGCAUUCUCCCUCUGUUUUAUCUUCUUUACUGGGUGGAACUGCCGCAGCUGGCGGACCUCUGGAGACAUGGGAGACAGCUCUGCAUUUGAAAGAGAAACUUGCCACAGAAAUUGUGAGGCAAAAUAAGCAAGCUGUUGAACCUGAUCAGCUAGAAAUGGAGGUUAACAGUGAGGAAUUAACCAGCAUUGAAGAAGGAAGGCCAGGAAGUCUGUCUUCUCCAGUCUCCCGCAGUCAGUCUCCCGUGACAAUCAUGAAGAAAGUGUCAUCAACUUCUGACCUUUCUAGGAAGAGGACUCACGAAGCUGUGGCCUCUGGAAAUGGCAGCCCAGUGGAUAAUAAACAAAUUCGAUGCACAUUAAACGAUUAUCCAAUGGUUAACCCUCAAGUUGUGGACAAAGAUGACUUUGAAUGCAGUCUCUGCUUCAGGUUGUUGUACGAGCCUGUAACAACCCCAUGUGGCCAUGUCUUCUGUCGCGGUUGCUUAGAUCGUUGCUUAGAUCACAACAAUUCAUGUCCUCUGUGUAAAACAUCUCUGGUGGAGUAUUUGGCAGAGAGAAGAUGUAGUACUACAGAGUCUAUUCUUAACAUCUUGAAAGUUUAUUUUCCUGAAGAUUUUGAAGAAAGAAAAAGGAUUCACGAGGAAGAAUUAGAAGAAUUGAUAAGGAUGGGGAAGGAGAAACAAGAGAUACCUCUUUUUAUCUGCACUCUAGCAUUUCCCACUGUUCGUUGCCCACUUCAUAUUUUUGAGCCUCGUUACCGUCUGAUGAUGCGUCAAUGUAUGGAAUCAGGGACAAGGCAGUUUGGCAUGUGUCUAGAUUUAGAAGAGAAGAUAGGGUGCAUCCUUGAAAUUAGAGAUGUCCAGUUCUUCCCCGAUGGCCGCUCUUGUGUGGAUACCAUAGGUGGACGGCGCUUUACCAUUCAGUCCAGGGGGAUGAAGGAUGGGUACAAUACGGCCAAUGUUGAAUACCUCAGUGAUGUUCAUUAUGAAGGAGCUGAGUUAGCUGAGAUCCAGCAGUUGUCAGAUGAAGUGUAUGACAUGGCCAGUGAAUGGUGGACCAAUCUGCCGGGAACCCCUAGGAGUCAGAUCUCGCAUCACUUCGGUGCUCUCGGAGAGAAAGAACCAGUCACCCACUGGACGCCCAAUGGACCAGCCUGGGUGUGGUGGCUGGUCGCCGUGCUGCCCCUUGAACCAAAGGUCCAGUUGACCAUGCUUGGGCUGCUUUCGCUGAAGGAGAGACUCUUGUCCGUAAAGCGGGUGUUGAAUUUCUUUAGAAGACCCAGUGCUCGAUUAAGGAGACUCUAAAAAUUGGGUUAUUAAUUCAGGUUGCCCUCAUACUAUGUCUCAUAGGGUUAAUAUGACUGACUGAUGUUUGACUGACCGCUGUUUAAGUUAAAACUUAAGUAAACAAUUGAUUUCUUUGGGUAAAUAUCAUAAUUGGGGAAUGAAAGGUUGAAUUUUAAGGGGGAUUGUGACAGGAGUGAACUGGUGAAUUAAAAUGUUCGAGUGUUACUGUUAAGAUAAAUUACCACAUAACUAUUGUUAUGUAUUUCUUUGUGAAGGUUAAUUACUGAGACCUCAAGGUUAGCUGUGCUCAGACUUAACUGAAGGCCCUGAAAUGAAUGUUUGGAAUUCAUUUUUAUUUGGCUGUACAAGGCGACAGUAAUGGUUUUAGUUAGGGCCAGUUGAUAUAAUAUCAUUAUAAUAAUAUGUAACAUUAAUUUAUCUUUUAACCUUUUUACCUCUUCUCAUAUAGUAUUUAUAUAUUAACCCUGUAAAAAUAACAGCAUAGAUUAUGGCUACAAUUGUAACUCUUUUGCUAUCUUGAAGAAUUACAUUGCUACUGUGUGGAAGUUGCAAUUAGUAUUUUAUUACAUGUAUACAAGUGGACAUUGAAUAUGUGGCAAUAUAAAUAAUCUACGUUUCUCAUUUCAAAGUCUCAGCUACCAAGUGAUUAUUUUAAUAAUCAUUAAUUAAAUUAAAUAAUUCAAAUAAAAUUAGAGGAUGAAUAAAGGAGAGAAACAAAACUGUACAAAGAUGAACAGUCACACGGUUGUCACUAUAGUAUUAUGCUUUUACUUUUCCUCAAUGGAAAUAUAGAAAGACAGUGCUUCAUGUUGAAUAAGAAGUAUAUUUGUAAAAUUAUCAUGUUAUACAUAGGUAGCCAAGUUCAUAGAUUGAGAAACAUGAUCACUUCUGUAAUUGGUACAUAUAUAUCUCCAACAUGUGGAGGCGAAGUUUAGUAGUCACCUUUGUCUGACACAACGCAUUUUAUAUGUAUAGGGAAGGUGGUCAAGGAAUUCCACUGCACAUUGGUACUACUGGUAACAAUUUGUACUACUUAUCAAGAAAUUGUGAAGAAUGAACUGAUAUUUUUAUGGACAGAAUUUAUAUUUGGUACUUUGCUUACGGUGAAUGUAUUGUGAGAAGGCAGUUGGCAUAAAACCAUUAUAUUUUCUAAUUUCUGUUGAAGUGGAAAGAUUUUUUGCAAGGAAGUUACAACGUAUUUUAGAUCUUGUACUAAAUGUACUGAGGCAUAGGACCCUUAGUUGACUUUAGAGUCAAAUUACGAAUGUCCAUACGUUAACAUUCUAUUUUUAUGUGGAGGUAAAAAAUGAUAACGAUCAAAAUUAUGACAGUUUAACUGUAUCAUAUCUGUUGCACUGCAUGUAUGGUAUCACAAAUUGUGACACAUUUCUUACAAUAUCCAGCCUAUUUUUAAUUCUUAAGCAACUGUAAUAAUUUCCUGGAUAAAUAAAACAAAUAUAACAACA